GUUGGGGCGACGGGCAGCAUGCGGGCAGUGUGUGUGCUGAGCGUGACCGCGUGGGUACUGGUAGAGCUGAUGCAUGCUGCUGCAGAUGACCCGCCGCGCUGUCGUCUGGGCUUAUUCCAGUGCAAGGACAUUUCUGACUGUUUGCUGUACGAUCACGUGUGUGACGGGGAGAAGGACUGUCUGGACGGCUCAGAUGAACAGGACUGCAUCACAGAGUGCACGAAAGGUCAGUUCCAGUGUGCGCAUGGGAGGAUGUGUAUAGAGCAGAGUGAGGUGUGUGAUGGUGUGGUUCAGUGUCAGGACCGGUCUGAUGAGUUGGGCUGUAUGAAGAAGGGGGAGGACUGUCAGCAUCAGUGUGGAGAACGCUGCCUCCCUCAAUCCUUCAUCUGCGACGGGCAGACGGACUGCGCAGACGGCAGCGACGAGGCCCAGUGCGGAGACUUGACCUGCAGUAGUGAGGAGUUUCAGUGCGGUGAUGGUGGGUGUGUAUCAGCCGGUGCUCACUGUGACGGACACCGGGACUGCAGCGACGGCUCGGAUGAGCAGAACUGCUCUGAUUGGACAGACUGCAGCGGCACGGAGUGUAUGGAGUCUGCGGGGGUGCAGUGUGGGCAGUAUCAGUGGGAGUGUAAGAUACAGAAGCAGUGUGUUCCUCAGAGCUGGCGCUGCGAUGGCACCGAGGACUGCACCGACCAGAGCGAUGAGGCGGAGUGUGAGCCCGUGUCCUGCCUGCCUCAUCAGUUUCAGUGUGGGAGCUCGGAGUGUGUGGACACCUCCCUCCUCUGUAAUGAAAUCCCAGACUGUGUGGACGGAUCAGAUGAGGGAGGGGCCUGUUUGACGGACAAGUGCACAGGCCAAUUGCAGUGUGAGCAGGACUGCUAUAGCACACCCACAGGAACAUCCUGCUGGUGCAGGGAGGGCUUCAGGCCUGUAGGUGGCGCUGGCUGUGUGGAUGUAGAUGAGUGUGUGGAGACUCCGACGGUGUGUUCACACACCUGUAUGAACUCAAACGGCUCGUUUGAGUGCACCUGUUCACACGGCUACAAUCUGCAGGCUGAUGGACGCGGCUGCACCGCCUCAGGUGAGACGUACCUGCUGGCUGCUGUCCAGUCCGAGCUGCACCUGCAGGACCUGCAGACCUCCAGCCUGAACGUUCUCUCCGCAGGAACCCAGCCGGUUCUCUCUCUGGAUUACGAUUGGCUGGAGCGGAGGGUGUACUGGGCGGAGCCGGAGGCCGUGAAGUGGAUCAGUCUGGACAAGCGGAACCAAGGAACUCUAGUUAAAGGUGUUAGGGUGCAGAGUGUGGCACUGGACUGGGUGGGGCGGAGUCUGUACUGGAUGGACGGUAUGGACGGUCGGAUCAGUGCGGUGGGGCUGCAGGGGUCCGAGCCUGUCGUGAUCCUGGAGCUGGACGUGGAGGAGCCGCAGGUUCUGGUCCUGCUGCCCCAGAAAGGGCUGAUGUUCUGGUCCGAGGCUGGAGACGAGGCUCUGAUAGAGAGGGCAGGGAUGGACGGAUCAGACAGACGAGUGCUGGUGUCGGAGUCUCUGAACCGGCCCGUGGGUCUGGCUGUGGACCCGCUGCAGGAGCGCCUCUACUGGACGGAUGAGGCACUGCACUGCAUUGGCUCUGCCACGCUGGACGGAGGCGACGUUAAGAUCCUGCAGCUGGUGGACAGCCCCCAGCCGUUCUCCGUGUCGGUGUUGGGCGAUAUGGUUUACUGGUCAGACGCUCAGAGAGGAACCAUCCAGAGAGCCGAUAAACUCACCAGCAAGCAGCCAGAGGUCCUGCUCACUCGCCCUGGACAGACCCUCCGCCUGCGGGUGAUUCAGCAGGUGAUGCAGCCUAGUGUGAAGAACCCGUGUGAGGCGAUGCUCUGUUCUCACCUGUGUGUGUUAGCACCUGGACUGAAAGGUGUGUGUAAGUGUCUGUCUGGAUUCCUGCUGGGAGAGGAUGGGCUCACAUGCUCUGAACCCCAAGACUCCGCCUUCCUCCUGCUGCUGUCCCCCACAGCUGUUACACAGGUCAGUUUGCAGAGCCGGUUCGGGCCAGUGGGUCUGCAGGACUGGCCGGAGCACCGCAGGGUUAAGCUGCCCGGUGUGACUGAGCUGAGGGCUCUGGACCUGGUGGUUCCGGAUCAGGCUCUGUACGUGUGGGACGCGGGUCGAGCGACGGUGGGACAGUUCAGGGUGAGGGACUCUGUAGCGUCUCGACGCGGGACGCUGUUCACUCUGCUGAAGAACACUCUGAGCACCAUGGCGCUGGACUGGGUCACUCUGAACCUGUACUGGAGCAGCAGAGGUCAGCCGGGCCUGUGGGUCACCUCGCCCAAGAUCUCUCAGACCGCCGUGAUCCUGCAGGACGAGGUCCUGAAUGUCAGCUCCAUCACCCUGCAGCCGGCGGCAGGACGCAUGUGCUUCACCAACAGCGCCCGACACGGCAAGACAACGCUGGAGUGCUCCCACAUGAACGGGCAGAACCGGAUCACCGUCUGGACCAGUGCCGUUCAUCCGGUCUCACUCAGUCUGUCCAAUGAAGGAGACGCACUGUACUGGGCCGAUACCAGUCUGGGAGUGGUGGCCUCAGUUGGGAUUGAUGGUUCUGGAUAUAAGGAGAUCAGAACAGAAGAAGGAUUGGUGAACUUCGCUCUGGCUGAUAAAGUUCUGGUCUGGAUCACCAGAAGAGAUUCCACGCGGUGCUGGUUCAGUGACCAGCAGGGGGAGACGCUGUGGUUUGAUGUGAAAGCAGAAGUAGUGGAUGUGAAGGCCUUCAGUAAACAGAGCCAGAGAGGUGUGAACUCGUGCUCGGGUGGUAACGGCGGCUGUGCUCAGCUGUGUCUGGCUGCCCCCGGUGGGCGGUCGUGUGUCUGCGGCCGCGGGUUUCUCUCCGCUGGUGAAACUGACUGUGUGCCGGACCCCCACUGCCCCCCGGGGACCCGGCCGUGUGUUACUGGAGGCGACUGUGUUCCUCAGAAGAGGUUCUGUGACGGCCAGCCGGACUGUGCUGACCAAUCAGACGAGAUCUGUACACAGGAGGAGGAUGUGUCUUUAGACGAGGCCAAAACUAACAUUAGCGCUCGGCCCGACGUUAAAUCCCCUCCGGCCAGACCCAGAACCUUCGGUGACCCGGUUCUAGUGAAGAACCUGCAGCCAGACAAGAACCUUUCACACGGUCCUAAAGCCCCACCAUCUCCUGCAGCUCCACCUUCCCCACCAUCUCCACCUUCUCCAGGUGAGGAGGUUCUGGUGCCGGAGGUGGAGGUGGGGGGUGUGGAUGCGGAGUCCUGCAGUGUGAAGCUGUGCGGGGGGAACGGGGAGUGUGUGGUACGGGACGGGGAGACGGUGUGCCGGUGUGUGGAGGGGUACAGCGGGCCGCGGUGUGAGGAGGGGCUGGGCGGACUGAUCCAGGGCCCGGUGGUGUACGCUGCUGGAGGACUGUGUGUGGCCGUGAUCGUGCUGGGAGUGACCAUCGGCAUCCUGCAGAAGAGAAAAGCUGCAAACAGGAGGCAGGUGAGAGCAAGGGAGACCCGGAUGCAGGAUUUGGAGAAGAGAGUGGAGUCCACACCUUCCCACCACAACGGCAAAGACCACGAACACACAGAGGAAGCGGCAUCAGCGGAUUAGCAUUCUGAACUUUCUGUACAGCGUCUUAACCUUUCAAUAAAAGUCGUAAAUUGA